AUGCCAUCUCAAUCUUCUCUCAGCCCUGUGCCAUGUCAACCUUCUUUAUGCUCCGUGCCAUCUCAACAUUCUCUCAGCCUCGUGCCAUCUCAACCUUCUCUCAGCCCCGUGCCAUCUCAACCUCUCAGCCUCGUGCCAUCGCAACCUUCUCUCAGCCCCGUGCCAUCUCAACCUUCUCUCAGCCCCGUGCCAUCUCAACCUUCUCUCAGCCCCGUGCCAUCUCAACCUUCUCUCAGCCCCGUGCCAUCUCAAUCUUCUCUCAGCCCCGUGCCAUCUCAAUCUUCUCUCAGCCCUGUGCCAUCUCAACCUUCUCUCAGCCUCGUGCCAUCUCAACCUUCUCUCAGCCCCGUGCCAUCUCAACCUUCUCUCAGCCCCGUGCCAUCUCAAUCUUCUCUCAGCCCCGUGCCAUCUCAAUCUUCUCUCAGCCCCGUGCCAUCUCAACCUUCUCUCAGCCUCGUGCCAUCUCAACCUUCUCUCAGCCCCGUGCCAUCUCAACAUUCUCUCAGCCUCGUGCCAUCUCGACCUUCUCUCAGCCCCGUGCCAUCUCAAUCUUCUCUCAGCCCCGUGCCAUCUCAAUCUUCUCUCAGCCUCGUGCCAUCUCAACCUCUCAGCCUCGUGCCAUCGCAACCUUCUCUCAGCCCCGUGCCAUCUCAAUCUUCUCUCAGCCCCGUGCCAUCUCAACCUUCUCUCAGCCCCGUGCCAUCUCAAUCUUCUCUCAGCCCCGUGCCAUCUCAACCUCUCAGCCUCGUGCCAUCGCAACCUUCUCUCAGCCCCGUGCCAUCUCAAUCUUCUCUCAGCCCCGUGCCAUCUCAACCUUCUCUCAGCCUCGUGCCAUCUCAACCUUCUCUCAGCCCCGUGCCAUCUCAACCUUCUCUCAGCCCCGUGCCAUCUCAAUCUUCUCUCAGCCCCGUGCCAUCUCAACAUUCUCUCAGCCCCGUGCCAUCUCAAUCUUCUCUCAGCCCCGUGCCAUCUCAACCUUCUCUCAGCCCCGUGCCAUCUCAACCUUCUCUCAGCACCGUGCCAUCUCAAUCUUCUCUCAGCCCCGUGCCAUCUCAACCUUCUCUCAGCCCCGUGCCAUCUCAACCUUCUCUCAGCCCCGUGCCAUCUCAAUCUCCUCUCAGCCCCGUGCCAUCUCAACCUUCUCUCAGCCCCGUGCCAUCUCAACCUUCUCUCAGCCCCGUGCCAUCUCAACCUUCUCUCAGCCCCGUGCCAUCUCAAUCUCCUCUCAGCCCCGUGCCAUCUCAACCUUCUCUCAGCCCCGUGCCAUCUCAACCUUCUCUCAGCCCCGUGCCAUCUCAACCUUCUCUCAGCCCCGUGCCAUCUCAACCUUCUCUCAGCCCCGUGCCAUCUCAAUCUCCUCUCAGCCCCGUGCCAUCUCAACCUUCUCUCAGCCUCGUGCCAUCUCAACCUUCUCUAAGCCCCGUGCCAUCUCAACCUUCUCUCAGCCCCGUGCAAUCUCAAUCUUUUCUCAGCCCCAUGCCAUCUCAAUCUUCUCUCAGCCCCGUGCAAUCUCAAUCUUCUCUCAGACGCGUGCCAUCUCAACCUUCUCUCAGCCCUGUGCCAUCUCAACCUUCUCUCAGCCCCGUGCCAUCUCAACCUUCUCUCAGCCCCGUGCCAUCUCAACCUUCUCUCAGCCCCGUGCCAUCUCAAUCUCCUCUCAGCCCCGUGCCAUCUCAACCUUAUCUCAGCCUCGUGCCAUCUCAACCUUCUCUAAGCCCCGUGCCAUCUCAACCUUCUCUCAGCCCCGUGCCAUCUCAACCUUCUCUAAGCCCCGUGCAAUCUCAAUCUUUUCUCAGCCCCAUGCCAUCUCAAUCUUCUCUCAGCCCCGUGCCAUCUCAACCUUCUCUCAGCCCCGUGCCAUCUCAACCUUCUCUCAGCACCGUGCCAUCUCAAUCUUCUCUCAGCCCCGUGCCAUCUCAACCUUCUCUCAGCCCCGUGCCAUCUCAACCUUCUCUCAGCCCCGUGCCAUCUCAAUCUCCUCUCAGCCCCGUGCCAUCUCAACCUUCUCUCAGCCCCGUGCCAUCUCAACCUUCUCUCAGCCCCGUGCCAUCUCAACCUUCUCUCAGCCCCGUGCCAUCUCCACCUUCUCUCAGCCCCCGCCGGAGAGCGGCCGACGGUGAGGGGUUGAGGGAGGCCGCCUCGGACACCGCCGUGGACUCGAGCAGAAUGGCCCAGCACCGUUUGGCGGCGCGGUUCCGCUGCCAGGGCCGCCGCCGGUGGCUUCUGUUCCGCGGCGCUUACCCCCGGCACCGCGCCGUCGGCGACGCACGGUGCGAAAAAAAGUCCAACGUCAUCGAUGCUUCGCGACCAGGCAAGUCCAUCGAGUGUGGAGUCAUUGAGGAGCGCCACGGCAUUGUGCAGUGCAAGCACAAUGCCACCGGCGCUCUAAGCCAGCAGUGGCCCAGCAAGAGCCCCACGUGGAAGCGACGAUUCGUGCGGGACGAGCAACUCCACGGUGCCAUCGUCACGCGAGCCGGCGAGGCGGCGUGCGAUGACGGCGCCGCGUAG